UAAGUCUUUGCUGUUGAGCUUAGCAAAACCCCUAAACCCUGUGAAUGAAGAAGACGAAGAGUGGCGAAGUAAAUGAAGAAAAAGGGGCGAAGUUGAGGGGUGCAGAGAGGUCGUCGUACUUCGCACGCAGAGAGGCAGCGAAGGUGUUGAGAGUGGUUCUCGAAGGAGAUGCUAAGCGCCGCGCUCUCGCCUCCAUCAAAUCCCUCAUCUAUCAACCUUCCAUCAGAAACAAGAAGGCCACGUUUGCUCUCAUUUGUCAAACCCUCAAACAUCUUCCCAUCAUCAAGGAUGUCUUAGAAGUUGCUUCUAUUCUCAACACCAAGUGGAGGAGACAACAAGAGUUGAUUUAUAUCAUUGUCUAUGAUAUCCUUUUCGGCCAGGCAGUUUCAUUGGUUGGUGAUGCAGAGAAGUAUCUUAUGCGCCACAAAGAUGCUCUACAUUCAACUCUGAAGCAGCUCUUGUCACAGAGAAAUGUGAAGACGGUUAAACAGUUGGUUGCUCUUCAUGAAGUUCCUGAUGUUUCUGUACCUCGUUAUGUUCGUGUGAAUACACUUAAACUGGAUGUUGAUUCUGCCUUUCAUGAACUUCAGGAAAAAUACUCGGUUCGAAAGGAUGAUUUACUGCCUGACUUGCUGGUACUCCCACCCGGCACUGAUUUACAUGAUCAUCCUCUUGUGAAGAAUGGAAGUAUCUUUAUGCAAGGUAAGGCAAGUUCAAUGGCAGCACCAGCCCUUAGCCCUGAACCAGGAUGGGAGGUUCUUGACGCAUGUGCGGCACCAGGAAAUAAAACUGUCCACCUUGCUGCCCUUAUGAAGAGAAAGGGUAGGAUUAUAGCAUGUGAGCUCCAAAAAGAAAGGAUUAAGCGUUUGAAAGACACUAUAAAGCUAUCCGGUGCUUCCAACAUACAUGUCCUAAAUGAGGAUUUCUUGAACAUUAAUCCCAAGGACUCUUCAUAUUCUAAGGUGAAAGCUAUUCUUUUGGAUCCUUCCUGCUCUGGUUCUGGUACUGCUGCUUCAAGACUUGACCAUCUGCUCCCAUCUAAAGCAGCAGGUCAGAAUACUGAUAUGGAAAGAUUGAACAAGCUUGCAGCUUUUCAGAGAAAGGCUCUUCAACAUGCUUUACUUUUUCCAGCAGUUGAAAGAAUUGUCUAUAGUACAUGUUCAAUCAACCAAAUUGAGAAUGAGGAUGUCAUCAAAUCUGUUCUGCCCAUAGCCGAAUCAUAUGGAUUCCAAUUGGCAAAACCCUUCCCCCAGUGGCAGCGGCGUGGUCUUCCAGUGUUUGAAGGCUCUGCUUGCCUGGUUCGGACAGAUGCUGCCAAGGAUGGCGAGGGUUUCUUCAUUGCUUUGUUUACCAAGAAGAAUGCUACUAAAUUUUCGGCAAGGUCAAAUAAAAAUGAAACUAAAACAUCCUACUGCUCUCCCAGAAUUAAAAACGUUCAAAGUAAAAAAUCUGUACCGUUUAUUAGCACUAACCCAUUCAGAAUGUGGUUAUAUGAUCAACUGAACCGCCGCAAGUAUAACAUGUAGCGGUCGAAAUUGGAGUGGUAUAAAAGAACUGGCUACGACAUAAAUUUUAUAUGU